CGCUGGCCCCUCGGAGAGCUCCCGCAGCGGGCGCUCGCGCGGGGGGGGGGGGGGCGGCGGGCGGCGGGCGGCGCCGGGCUGCCGCCGUGCGGGGGAGGGGCGCGGCAGCAAGUGGGAACAGGGUGGCACCAUGUCCCGCAGCGGCAUGCUCGACCUCGACCUCGGGCUGGACGACGACGACGACCCCUCGCCGCGCCGCCCGCGAGGGCGGGGCGUGGAGUCCACGCAGGAUCUCCUGUCGGGCAGCCGGGACCUCACGAUGCUGGGCGGCGGCGCCGGCACCAGGAGGAGGGCCCGUGGCAGCGGUUUCUUCGGCGCCAGCGGCGGCUCGGACCCCCUCGACGCCCUGAAGGCCCACGUGACCCAGCAGCAUCAGGCGACCAGCGCUGAGCAGGAGGCCGAGGCGGAGGCCCAGCGCCAGUUCGAGCUCGAGAUGCAGGCGGCCCUCGGCGUCGCCGGCCUGUCGACUGCGGCCGCUGCCGGGUCGCGGGGGCCUCCGGCGCACGCGUCACGCGGGCGCACGCCGGCGCACUCCGGGGAGCCCAGCGAAGGCGGCGGUUCGGACCUGAACGACCUGCUGGACAAUAUCGAGGGCAACAUGAGCGGCUCUGCGGCCGCGCGCCAGCCCAGGCCGGCGCGCGGUACCCCGCUGGACGACGACAGCGGGGCGCCGUCCCGCUCCCGCACGCCGCCGGUAGACGACGAGUUCGAGCGCGCCUACGGCGGGCCGCCCAGGUCGCGAGCCGCGCAGGCCGAGGAUGUGUCGCCGGGCCGCCCGCCGAUCCCUGGCGGGCGCAGGGCCCGCCCCAGCGUCCUCGGGGACAGCGCCUCUGGGCUGGCGAACCUCUCCGCCGUGCGCCAGGGCUCCAACGCGCCGUCCGAGGCCGAGGGCUCGCUGGGCGGCCCCGACGCGAGCCCGGGCACGGGCUUCUUCGGCAGCGACGCAGGCGGCGCGCCCUUCGGCGGCGGCACGCCGGGCCCCUCAGCCUCAGCCUUCUCGGUGGAGCUCGACGACAGCCGACUCCGGCGCAGGACGAUCGGUAAGCCCAAGGCGAAGGCCAAAGCCGCCCCCGAGCCCUCGCCGGCCUCGAGCCUCCCGGCGGCGGCGGCGCAGCCGGAGCCCGCGGCAGCGGAGCCCGCGGCGCACCGAGCCCCCGAGCCCGCAGCCAGAGCCCCCGCCGCCGCGCCGACGGCCUCUGCGAUGUACGACGACGACGACGACGAGGACGACGGCGAACUGCUGGACCUGCCCAUGGGCGACUCGAGCGGCCCAGCGGCGCGGCUGGCGCAGGCGGGGCCCGCGGCCGCCCUCUCGGCGCCGCCCGCGCGGCCGCCGCCAGCGGAGCCGGCCGCUGCCGCGGGCGAGGACGCGGAGCUGCCGGAGUUCCUGCUCGGCGGAGCCCGCGAGCGGCGGCCCCGCCGCGGCGAGGCCACGCCGCCAGGGUCUUCCGCGCCCGGGACGGCGUCGAGCCAGGCCGCCGCGGCCCUCGCGGCGGACGACGACGUGGCGCUGCCAGACUUCCUGCGCGGCGGCGGGGGGCGCUCGCCGGCGGCGACCGCGUCCGAGGCCACGUCGCGCAGGGUCGGCCUGCCCGCGGCCUCGGUCUCGGCGGGCAUGGACCUGGGCUUCACUGCGGAGGACAUGGAUGCAUCUGACAAGAGCCUGAGUGCAGAGGCCGCGCCGUCCGCCCUGGGCCUCGGCGGCAGGGCUGUGCCGGCAGCCGCCGUGGUCGCCUCGGCCGCCUCGGCGAGCGCCUCGCUGAGCGCGGCGGGCGUGCCGCAGGCCACGACCGAGUCCGGCGCCCUGGAGGCCCCCCCCUCCCGGCGGCCAGGCGCCGCCGCCGCGGCGGUGGUCACCGCAGUUUAUGUUCUUGCCAGCGGAGCCACGGGCUGA